UGCCAGGCACUGUGACAAAGAAGCUGUUGUGCUUCUGUCCUUCCGGAGAUGCAGUUUGGGUCUUCAUUUAUGUUUCUCCAGCAUUGGACGAACAGUCAAGUCUACUCCUUCAGCCAGCAACCCCAGGACCAAGUGGUGGUGUCAGGACAGCCAGUGACUCUGCUGUGUGCCAUCCCUGAAUAUGAUGGCUUCGUCCUGUGGAUCAAAGAUGGCUUGGCUCUGGGCGUAGGCAGAGACCUCUCAAGUUACCCCCAGUACCUGGUGGUGGGGAACCACCUCUCAGGAGAGCAUCACCUGAAGAUCCUGAGGGCUGAGCUGCAGGAUGAUGCCGUGUAUGAGUGUCAGGCCAUCCAGGCUGCCAUCCGGUCCCGCCCUGCACGCCUCACAGUCCUGGUGCCACCAGAUGACCCCAUCAUCCUAGGGGGGCCUGUGAUCAGCCUUCGGGCAGGGGACCCCCUCAACCUCACCUGCCAUGCAGACAAUGCCAAGCCUGCGGCCUCCAUCAUCUGGCUUCGUAAAGGAGAGGUCAUCAAUGGGGCCACCUACUCCAAGACCCUGCUUCGAGACGGCAAACGUGAGAGCAUUGUCAGCACACUCUUCAUCUCCCCGGGAGACGUAGAGAAUGGACAGAGUAUCGUGUGCCGAGCCACCAACAAAGCCAUCCCUGGAGGAAAGGAGACCUCAGUCACCAUAGACAUCCAGCAUCCACCGCUUGUCAACUUGUCGGUAGAACCACAGCCGGUAUUGGAGGACAACAUCGUCACGUUCCACUGCUCUGCAAAGGCCAACCCAGCUGUCACUCAAUACAGGUGGGCCAAACGGGGUCAAAUCAUCAAGGAGGCAUCUGGGGAGCUGUACAGGACCACCGUGGACUAUACAUACUUCUCAGAGCCUGUAUCCUGUGAAGUGACCAAUGCCCUGGGCAGCACCAACCUCAGCCGCACAGUGGACGUAUACUUUGGUCCUCGGAUGACCUCAGAGCCUCAGUCCCUGCUGGUAGAUCUGGGCUCAGAUGCCGUCUUCAGCUGCGCAUGGAUUGGCAACCCGUCUCUGACCAUCGUGUGGAUGAAACGGGGUUCUGGUGUGGUCCUGAGCAAUGAAAAGACCCUAACCCUAAAAUCUGUCCGCCAAGAGGAUGCUGGGAAGUAUGUGUGCCGGGCUGUGGUGCCCCGGGUAGGAGCUGGGGAGAGAGAGGUGACCUUGACAGUCAAUGGACCACCCAUCAUCUCCAGCACACAGACCCAGCAUGCCCUCCAUGGAGAGAAGGGGCAGAUCAAGUGCUUCAUCCGGAGCACACCACCGCCUGACCGAAUUGCCUGGUCCUGGAAGGAGAACGUGCUGGAGUCAGGGACAUCAGGGCGUUACACGGUGGAGACAGUGAACACCGAGGAGGGCGUCAUUUCCACACUGACCAUCAGCAACAUUGUGCGUGCUGACUUCCAGACCAUAUACAACUGUACAGCCUGGAACAGCUUUGGCUCGGACACAGAGAUCAUCCGACUCAAGGAACAAGGUUCGGAAAUGAAGUCGGGAGCCGGGCUGGAAGCAGAGUCUGUACCAAUGGCCGUCAUCAUUGGGGUGGCCGUAGGAGCUGGCGUGGCCUUCCUCGUCCUAAUGGCAACCAUUGUGGCCUUCUGCUGUGCCCGUUCCCAGAGAAAUCUCAAAGGUGUUGUAUCAGCCAAAAAUGAUAUUCGAGUGGAGAUUGUACACAAGGAGGCAGCUUCUAGUCGGGAGGCUGAGGACCACACCACCAUCAAGCAGCUGAUGAUGGACCGAGGUGAAUUCCAACAAGACUCGGUGCUGAAACAGCUGGAGGUGCUCAAAGAAGAGGAGAAGGAGUUUCAGAACCUGAAGGACCCCACCAACGGCUACUACAGUGUCAACACUUUCAAAGAACACCAUUCAACUCCAACCAUCUCCCUGUCCAGCUGCCAGCCAGACCUGCGUCCCACAGGCAAACAGCGUGUGCCCACAGGCAUGUCCUUCACCAACAUCUACAGCACCUUGAGCGGCCAGGGCCGCCUCUACGACUAUGGACAGAGGUUCGUGUUGGGCAUGGGCAGCUCUUCCAUUGAGCUUUGUGAGCGGGAGUUUCAGAGGGGCUCCCUCAGCGACAGCAGCUCCUUCCUGGACACGCAGUGCGACAGCAGCGUCAGCAGCAGCGGCAAGCAAGAUGGCUACGUGCAUUUUGACAAGGCCAGCAAGGCUUCAGCCUCCUCUUCCCAUCACUCCCAGUCCUCUUCCCAGAACUCCGACCCCAGUCGACCCCUGCAGCGGCGGAUGCAGACUCACGUCUGAGGACCACGCACUGUGGUGGGGGAUGGGCCAAGGAAGAGGACAGGGUGCGUUCUCGUUCUCCAAGGACUGGGGCUACUUUGCAGAGGACCCUAGAACUGGCCACCUCCGGGGUGGUCUCCAAGCACCUCUGUUAACACCUUCCGUCAAAGCUCUGAUCAAGCACAAAUCUGGCUCCCACGUGGGAAAUGGAGAGUGUGCCACUGAGUGCUUAGUGCUCAGGGCCUCUGUCUGUUGCUCUUCCCUAAAGGUCCCUCAACCACCUCGUCCUCCCAUGGGCACUAGUGGCAGCUAGAACUUUGCUUUUCUGAAACUGCCGUUCACUUUCCUAGCUCCUCCUGCUGCCCAUAAGCCAUCCCUGGUGCCUGUAAUUCCUUACAGCCUUGGGGAACGGAGGACUUUUUCCUAGCACCGAGCUACUCUGGAGACCCCAGCCUCUCCACUGUGCAUAGCCUAUACCACAGAGGCUGGGGGCUGAGGAAUGAUCUGACCAGAGGAGCAUCUGCCUGGGAGCUCGCCCCCACGUUGUUUGGUGUUUGUGUCCGUAUUCUUGCAGUUCUGUUCUUGGACUUGAUGUCUCUGAGCUCAGAGGUGGGACUGGCCCAUCAGAGUCUAGUGUCCUCAGAGCUGAGGAAGGGAAGGAGGGAGAAUGUGAACACCUGGAGAGCAGCUGGCCCAACACACCCUGUGCCAGGCUGUGAAGUUCAGAGCCCCCGCCCUCAUCCUCACCCCCUGCUCCGUGUUCUCCCUUCCUUCCCACAGCACAAUUGAGCUAAUAUGAGGAGUGUGAGAGCUUCUCUUGUCAGGGUUUCUUGAACAGCUACUGCAGCGUGCUUCCUGGGAGAUGUGGGUUUGGGGGGGGGGUGAGAUCUAGGCUGGAGGAUGAGACACACUCUUUCAGCUGACCACAAGGAACGAUGAUCCAUUCUCCGGUAGACAGGACUCUGUGCAAGAGGGACAGUUUCCUUCACAUCUCCUUCCCCUCACUCCCCACUUAAGAAUAAACCUUAGGGCCA